CUGGGGAGUGGCAGGGCGUUUAAAGUUCGGACCUCAAAUAACAGCGUGCGUCGGGGUUUCUACGCCGUAAAAGCCAGCCUGUGGGAGAGACGACAAAAAAAAAAAAGACAAAACGGUUGGUCAACUUUUGUGACGCGCUCGUGCCCCUCUGCGCCCUCAGGUAGCCGGACAAAAGCAGAACUAACGAUGAAUUAUACAACAGCCGAGGCCCUCACGAAGGAGCUGCUCACGGACCUCACUGCGAUGGCGACGUCAGCUGCGGGGUCUUCACCACUUCCCACACACACAGACAGCCCCAUUAUUCAGGUGGUAACGACGGCAGCUCCCUCCACUCCCGACUCCGCAGUAAUCGCAGUUGUGAUUGCUCUCAUCCUGCUGACCGUAGCUGCUCUGGCAUUCCUCCUCUACCGGUAUCUCUGCCACAACAAAGGAGACUACCGGACGACGGGGGAGCUGGCCCCAGGAGAAGACCCCGACGAGGAGUACAGCAACCAGGCUGCCAGCGAAAAGAAGGAGUACUUCAUUUAA